UCUGUGAGGGAUGAUAUUUCUUUCUUCCUUCUAUCUCUGCUUCAAACCUUUUUCAUCCCUCUUUCAAUCACCACCGCAUCUCGUCUGAAAUAUUCUUCUUCUUUUUCUACCCUUUCGUUCUCCUUUUCUUUUAUCCUCUUUGUAAACCUAACGAUGGAUCCCAAUGCGAACGGGAGUUCCUCUGAUGGAGAAACUAACGAUGUUAAAACCCUAAACCACCAUACAGCAGAGGAGAAACCUCACCAAAACCAUCAUCAUCAUACCGGAGAUGGUGCUAGCCCUGGGAAGAUUUUUAUUGGUGGUCUAGCCAAGGAGACUACUACUCUUCAGUUUACCAAGUAUUUUGGUAAAUAUGGAGAAAUCACAGACUAUGUGAUAAUGAAAGAUCGAGUAAGUGGGCAGCCCCGUGGAUUCGGUUUUGUGACUUAUUCAGAUGCCUCUGUAGUUGACAGAGUUAUCGAAGAUACUCAUGUUAUUAAUGGAAAACAAGUUGAAAUCAAGCGGACCAUACCUAAGGGAACCAUGGGAUCCAAGGAUUUGAAGACCAAAAAGAUCUUCGUGGGCGGUAUUCCUACUAGCGUAAACGAAGAUGAAUUUAGUGGGUUUUUCUCUAAGUUUGGAGAGGUCAAGGAACAUCAAAUCAUGCGGGACCAUGCAAGCACUCGUUCUCGGGGUUUUGGGUUUAUUACAUUUGAUAGUGAGGAAUCUGUCGAUAACAUUCUGUCUCAAGGGAACAAGAUCGAAUUUGCUGGAUCUCAGGUGGAGAUCAAGAAAGCAGAACCCAAGAAAUCUAACCCCCCAUUGGCACCACCCAGGCAUUUUUCCAAUUCUAGGCCCAGUACUUAUGGUGGCGCUGGUGCAUUUGGGGAUGCUUAUGAUGGGUAUGGUGCCGGUGGUGGUGGGUCCUAUAGAUCAGGCGGGAUAUAUGGGGGUAGACCAGGUGGCUAUGCAGGAUAUGGCGCUAGUGAAUUCGGUGGUGGAUAUGGAUAUGGAUAUGGUGGUAGCGGUCUAGGCGAUUAUAGACAGUCUUCUCUAGGAUAUGCAGGCCGUUAUGGCGGAGGCUUCAAUAGAGGUUAUGACCUAGGAGGUGGUUAUGGUGGAGGAGCUGGUGAGGGUUAUGAUGGCUAUGGUGGCGGUGCUGGUGGUUAUGGUAGUAGCUAUGAUGCAGGCUUUACGAGUGGCUACCGAGGUAGCGGUGGAAGCUCCCUAUAUGGAAAUAGAGGUGGUUAUGGAGGUAGUGGUGGUGGUCGUUACCAUCCUUAUGCAAGGUAGAGAAUUCCAAUAGCAGUGUCAAUGGUCCAUGGAAGAACAAAGCAGAACAACUUAGUCUUCUAUUGUUAGCUUCAAGCGGCUAGAGAAGGGUAGAUCAUCUUGCUUACUGAUGCGAUCCUUAGCAAAACAGGACUUAGUUGUCUAUUGUUAGCUUAAUGAUGCGACCCUUAGAAUUUUAAUCUAUUUUAGUUUUUCGUUUGUGUUACUGCUUGGUCUAUUCAUAGUUUUCUGAACUUCUAGAUAUACUCUGUUUGAUAAGAUGAACAUCGGAUAAUUAAUCUUUUCUUUGAUGUCUUGGUUGUUCAAAGAUAAAUGAAGAAGAAACUCUUAGAAACCUGUCUUUUGAAAUCUUACUUGAGCUUUCUAUGUAGAUCGAUGUUGGCAGUUAGGAUAUUUAGCCUUCAUACCCUCUUGAAUCUUUGUUCUCCUUACAUCUGAGUCUAGGUAUUAGGAAUUAGGAUGAGUUAAUUGAAAUUUUUUAUUGACCCAUUGAUUUAAGGCCCAACUAAAAUAGUAAUAUUUGGGAAUUACCAACAAAUUUUUUUUUCUGUGCCACAGUAGUAGUACAGUAAGUUUGACCCUCUUCCUUCUUUCAUGACCUAGUGUAUUGAUGUGGCCUUCGUUCUUGUUUACAAUAUGCGAUCAAUAUGUUGUCCCAUCCUGAUGGGUAUGUUAAUUGUUUCUUUCUUGUUUUCAAACUGUUUUUCACUUUCCAAGUACGGCCCAAGGCCUUCAAAGUCACCGUAUGUAUUGUUCUUUUUUUACAAUUUUCUUUUGCAUAUUAGUAGUACAGUAAGUUUGAGCCUCUUCCUUAUUCUUGGCCCAGCGUAUUGAUGUGGCCUUCGUUCUUGUUUAUAAUAUGCAAUCAAUAUGUUCUCCCAUUGUCCCAUCCUGAUGGGUAUUUCAAGUGUUUCUUGUCUUGUUUCGAACUUGUUUUCACUUUCCAAGUACGGCCCAACGGCAUCUUUGAAGUCUUGUAUUGUUUGUUUUUUUCUGCAUAGAAUAGAAAUACAAAACAAGAUUCCCCCAAUGCCAUGUGAGGGAAAAUUUUAGUUCAUUUUUUGGGGGCUUUGUUUUAAAUUGACAAACAAAAACUUGUAGUAUCCCCCUUGGCCCUAAAAUCUGAAUGGCAAUCUUUUAGAAAUUUUUGUUUGUUUUUGUAAAUUCAGUUGCUACUCUUGUUUCCUUGUCUUCUCCCAGCAAUCUGAGGUCUUCAAUUCUUACUGGUAACUUUAGCAGUUGUGGCUUGGACACUAACGAAGCUUAUAUUGAGAUUGGAAGAGGUUCAACCAUUAUCUAAACCUGAAGUACACAGAGCAUCUUCUCAAGCUUUUGUUACUAUGCUGCAACUUAGACAGUCUUCUUUCCUUCCUCACCCAAUUGACAAUGAUUCAUAUAAUUUUUUUAUUAUAUCAAGCGGGAUUCGAACCUCUGACCUAACAACUCGAGAGUUCGUCCCUAGCCAACUGAGCUAGCCCCAGUUGGUUAACAUUGGGAUAUUGUUCUCUGCAUAAGAUUGCUCUGCAAUACAGGGGACGAGAUUCAAAGAUAUGGUUACAGUCAUGCGGUGACAGUUCGUUAAGAUGCUUGCAGAUAAACAGUAAGCUAACGCUCAGAUUUCUCAUGCACAACCAGACGAUCUUAUCGUUUUUUACCAUUUGAUAAGUAGGAAGCAGACUAGCGAUAAUCACGGCAUGAGUUCGAAAAAAGAGUCCAGCCUUGCCAAUCACAUCUACGAAGAGUGGUCAGCUUUUAUGCUAUGGUUCUGUUGGUGGCAGUAUCUAUCGCAACGAUCCAAAAGCUUCAUCUUCCGAGUUGCUUGAGAGUUUUAGUAGGUUGGUUUGUCUAGGAAAUGCAGUGACAACAGCCAGUACGAAGUAGGAGAUCUGAAGGUAGUAUAAACAGAUAUAGCUUCGUUGAAAUUUUAGGCAUUUUUAGACAGAUACAAGGGACCUUUUCUGAAUCUAAUUCAAUAUUUUGUCUAUAUCCUAUUAUAUAUAAAAUUGUGUCUAUAAUCCUAUAUCCAUAGGCGCCUUUUAUUAAUUUAUAAAAUCUGUUGAUUUUUACUUUCCCAA